AUGACGACCACCCCCCAAACCCCUGACGCCCUCGCAUCAGCCUGGGCCUCCGCCUGGUCCCAGCCCGAACCCACCCUCUGGCUCCCCUUCUACUCCCCAAAAGCAGUCUACACCGACCACGCCCACGGCUUCUCCCGCACUGGGCACGCCUCCCUCAAAAUCCAUCACACAAUCUGGCGCACCUCCAUCCCCGACUUCGCCAUGACGAUCGUCGAGCGCUGGCAUCAGCAAGGCACCAACAUCGACACCGCGAGAUAUAGCAUCCGCUUUCGCGCCACCGGCACGAAUCUCGGUGAUCUCCCUGCAAGGAAGGCUACGGGGAGGAAGUUUGUUAUGCAUGGGAGGGUGGAUUUUGAGAUGCUGAGGCUGCGGGAGGGAAAGGGGUGGGUUCUUGGGAGGGUGGAUGAGUGA